AUGUUAGGUCCAGAAGUAAACAUCACGGGCUUGGGCGGUCGGCUGGUAGUGACAACCGUGCUGUUUUUAAACGUGCUCUUGUUGGGCCAUUACACAAGCAAUCUGACGUCCGCCCUCACCGUGGGGCCCCCGCUGCCCCCGCACCGCAACCUCGAAGACGUGUACAACGAUAAGGGCCUCACUUUCGGGUUUGUAAAGGGUUCGGCCACCGUCUCCAACUUCCAGGACUCCAAAUCCGACGUGAUUCAGAAAGUGUGGAAGUCGAUAGACGUGGACAACGACCUCGUCAUCGACUACGAGGAGGGCAUGCAGCGCGUAUACAAAGACUCGUACGCCCUCCUCAUGUGGGAGGUGUACUACGAGCUCAACCACGGCAACGACUGCGGCGUGUUCCUGCUGCCGGCGCCCUACUUCCCCAUCCACACUUCCUUCGCGAUGCGCAAGGCCUCUCCUCUCGUGCCCAUCCUGAAUAAGAUCGUCCUCGAAAUCCUGUCUUCGGGGCUCCUGAGGAAGUGGUGGCUGGAGCUCAACGUGAAGACCAACGACUGCAACCAGCUGGAGACGGCGCCUAUCGAGAUCCAGACGGUCGUCACGCCCUUCCUCCUCCUGGGCGUGAGUCUGUUCAUGGCCUUCGUGUUCCUGGCGGCCGAGCGGUGGCGGAGCACGCGUGUCAGAAAUGUUCUCGUGAAGUGAGGAGGGCGAGACGAGUCCACGGGGCGAGCGUGAAGAGAAGCAAAGAGACA